AUGCCGGAGGAGGCGGCGGCGGCCGAGGGCUGGACCGCGGCCCCGCCGCUGUAUGAGGAGUACCGGCCGCCCCCGCUGGACGCCAUCCGCCUGCCCAGGUACGCGCUAUACCUGCUCAUGGCCACGCUGCUGGUGGUGGCCGUGGCCUACGCCAUCGUCGGCCACCUGAUCAAGGACCUCGCCCACGACCUGGCCGACUGGGCCUUCGGCCCGAAGCCGGAGCAGGACGACAGCCCCCGCGAGCUGCGCGCCAGCCUGGCCGGCGACGACCUGGAGGAGCUGGACCUGCAGCUGGCCCUGGCCUGGCGGGGCGAGGAGGAGGCCGGCGGGGCCGGCGAGGGGGCGCCCGCGGAGCCGUCCGCCCGGGACCCGCGCCGCCCGUCCAUCGCCUUUAAGGACCCCCCAGCCCGCGGCUCCUUGUGGAGGCUGGGCUGA